CAACUCCUUAAUUCCCAAGUUUACCUUCCCUAUGAAGUUUCCUUCUUUCUCUCCUCUUUAAAAUCCUCACUCUCUCUACCCUGUUCAACUCAGAGAGAAACCAAACCAUCAAAAGAAAAUAUGGCGGAAUCGGCAAAGCAACACAUUGAUCGUAUUCGGAGGACUAAGUUUUCAAUCGGCGGAACUGAGAAUCCGUUGACGGAGGAUCUUCAUCAGGCCGUGAAGAAUCUCUCCGCUGAGCUCUACGCUAAAGAUGUUCACUUCCUCAUGGAGCUUAUCCAAAACGCUGAGGAUAACGAGUACCCUGAAGGUGUGGAUCCAUCGCUUGAAUUUGUUAUCACAUCUGAAGACAUAACAGCCACUGGAGCACCAGCCACUCUCCUCAUCUUCAACAAUGAGAGAGGUUUCUCUGAGAAGAACAUUGACUCCAUUUGCAGUGUUGGUAGGUCCACAAAGAAAGGCAACCGCAAACGCGGUUACAUCGGAGAGAAAGGAAUCGGGUUCAAGAGUGUGUUUCUGAUAACUUCUCAGCCUUAUAUUUUCAGCAAUGGCUACCAAAUCCGAUUCGAUGAGGCGCCUUGCAGCCACUGCAGCCUUGGAUACAUUGUUCCCGAGUGGGUUGAGCAACAUCCUUCUCUUGUCGACAUACAAAGGAUUUACGGUUCCGGUUCUGCUCUUCCGACAACAACCAUUAUCUUGCCUUUGAAAGCUGACAAGGUCAAGCCGGUCAAGGAACAGCUUUCCAAUGUUCAUCCUGAAGUUUUACUGUUUCUUUCCAAGAUCAAGCGUCUCUCUAUCAGAGAACACUGCCAAGAUCCGAACCUCAGCACAGUGAACUCUAUCGGGAUUGUAAGCGAGACGGAUUUCAUGACGAGGAAGAGCAUCGAUGCUGAGUCUUACACAAUCAAUCUCUCUGCUCGUGGAACUGAUUCUGAAAACCAAUGCAGUUACUACAUGUGGAGGCAGAAGUUUCCGGUGAAAAACGAGAACCGUGUGGAAAGGAGAAGCGAAGUCGAUGACUGGGUGAUCACUUUAGCGUUUCCAUAUGGAGAGCGUCUUGGCCUUGGAAACAGCUCUCCUGGUAUCUAUGCCUUUCUUCCAACGGAGAUGGUAACCAAUUUUCCGUUCAUCAUCCAAGCAGACUUCAUUCUUGCAUCGUCUAGGGAAACUAUACUUCUUGAUGACAUAUGGAACCAAGGGAUUCUCAGCUGUGUUCCGUCGGCUUUUGUGAAUGCAUUCACCACCUUGGUGAAAAAAACUGAAGCUCCCGUGUCUAGCUUGCUUCCUGCUUUUGGGUUCUUGCCUGUAGAGCCAUCGUCUUACGAAAAGCUGAAUCUUGUUCGAGAAUCCAUUAAGGCAAGAAUCUGUGCAGAGGAGAUUGUGCCGAGCGUAUCACAUUCACGACAGAAGUUCUUUCACAAGCCAAGCGAAGUUGGUCGUCUCAUCCCUGGUUUUUGGGAUAUCUUGAAGAAAGCGACGAGGGAAGGAGCGGGAUUGCAGAACAUUUCUUCACAUGGGAUCUACAUUUUGGAUUCCUCGUUUGACAAAGAAGAAAAUGACAAAGUUCUUGACUUCUUGGGUUUGAAACCAGUCAAAAAUAAAUGGUACGCAAAAUGCAUUCAGGGCUGCGAUCUCGUGACAAGUGUAUCGGAAAGUACGUAUGUUGAGAUCCUUCUUUUCAUAGCUCAAAACUGGCAGUCCAGAUUUCACAGUACAAGAAUGGUUAAAGUCCCGCUUGUCAAGUACCUUGUUCAAAAGGGAGCGACUUAUCUUAGCAGCUUGGCAGAUUUCAGCCCUCGGAUAUUAUGUCUCCCUGCAGAGAAGAACCAUUCAUGGCUUCUUGAAUGGAACUACGAGAUGAAAUGCACCUCUAAGUUUGUUUUCCUGCCAGAUACUACCCGGACUGCGUUGAAUGCGAGCUCCCAUAAGGAAACUAUACGUAACUGGCUCAAAGAGAAGGUUUCUGUCGUCGAUAUGAGUGUUUCUGAGUAUGCAAAACGUCUCCGGGAUAAUCUUAACGUAGACAAGAAGCUUGUGGUUUCUUAUGCACACUUUCUGCAUCACUCCAUCUCGGCAGGUUUUUUAUCAGACGUUGAGGCUGAGAAGUGCUGCAGAGACAUGCCCCUUGUGGACAACUAUGGGAAUGUCAACACGAGUAGGAAUGGGGUUCUUGUUCCUGCUAGCGCAGGUAAAUGGGUUAGCUUGACUGGUUCGAAUCCUUGGAUGAAGGACGACUACAUUGAGCUGUGGGAAGAGUAUUUGUUACCAGGCAAGUUCGCUUGCGUACGGUCUAAGAAGGGAGAGCUUCUUGGUUUCUUGAAAACUCACGCUAAGGCUGGAGAUAUACCUGAGAUUAAACCACCAAAUGCAGCUAUACCUGCGUUGUCUGGGGCUCUUAUAAAGGAGAAUGCUUUGUUGCUUUUGGAGUGGAUUAAGAAGAAUAGAGAUUCUCUUCCUCCCAGGUUCUUGAACUCUGUUAAAGGAGGAAGCUGGUUGAGAACCACGAUAAACGGAUCUUCUGAUUAUCGGCAGCCUUCUAAGUCGUUUUACCAUACUUCAUCAUGGGGAAAUGUUCUGCAGAGCGGAUCAAUUCUUGUGGAUAUUCCACUCGUUGAUCGGAGCUUCUAUGGGAAAAAGAUUGAGGAGUACAAAGAGGAGCUCAAAGUUGCUGGUGUCAUGUCUGAGUUUAGCCAAGCUUGUACGUUUGUUGGCGACCACCUAAUGCGUUUAGCUGAGACCUCGUCACUGUCAAGAGAGAAUGUGUUCUCGAUUCUGAAGUUCAUCAGGCACUUGAGACCCUCACCAGAUGAUUUCAUCACUGCUGUGAAAAAUCACCCUUGGCUAAAGACAAGUACUGGUUACCGAUCUCCAGAUGGAGCUGUUCUGUUCAGCAACGACUGGAAAGCUGCUUCACUGAUCAGCGACAUUCCGUUUAUUGAUAGAGAAAUCUAUGGUGAAACUCACCUCAAUGGCUUCAAGAAAGAGCUUGAGCUGCUAGGCGUCGUAGUUCAGUUUCCCAAUAAUCACAGCCUCAUCGUUUCACAUUUGAAUCCUGCAAAGCUGAGCUUUUUGACAGCCGAUGCAAUGCUCUUAGUACUUGACUGCAUGCGCCAGCUAAGUCCCCAGAAGCUUAUCAAUGCCCUAAGAAAUUCACAAUGCUUCAAGACGAAAAGUGGAUACAAAACUCCUGCUGAUUGUUAUAUACCUGAUCCGGAAUGGAGCUGCCUUCUAUCUGUUUUUGAUAGUUUCCCUUUGAUCGACGAGGAUUUCUAUGGAGAAAAACUCUCUACCUACACAGAGGAGCUGAAGCAGAUUGGUGUUGUGGUUCAACUUGAAGAAGCUGUUAAAGGGUUUGUGCGAACGUUCAAGCACAAAGCUACCUCCUCUGGUCUAACCCGGUAUAGCGCCUCGUCUCUUCUAUCUUGCUACAAGAAGCUGUUGGCCAGUAAUCUCAAGUUUCCUGAAGAACUUAUGAAAACGUUCAAAGAAUUACAAUGGCUACGUACUAAACUCGGCGAUUUCCGUGCACCAGAGAGCUGCAUUCUCUUUGAUCCAGAGUGGGAACCUCUCCGCCUAAUAGCGAAUCUCCCUUUUAUCGAUGACAGCUCAAACUGGUACGGCAAAAGCAUACACGAUUACAAGAAAGAGCUAAAGAGCUUGGGAGUUACAGUUGAGCUGAGACAAGGCAUGAACCAUGUGGUUAGCUCCUUAAGUCUCCCUGAUCCAUCUCGCAUCACUCCUGCAAGUGCUCUGUCUGUUUUUAAGUGCAUCAAGUUCUUGCUUGAGGAUAGAUAUCAGCAACUCCCUAAAGAGUUUCUCGACAAGGUUUCUGUCAAAUGGUUGAAGACACAUGCUGGUUACCGCAGUCCUGAAGAGUGUCUCUUGCUCGAUCACAGCUGGGAAUUAGAGCCUUGUGAUGGUCCUUUCAUCGAUGAAGCGUACUAUGGAUCUGAGCUUAAGUCGUUUAAACAAGAGCUUGUUAAGAUUGGAGUUGGUAACGAUUCAGCCAAAGCCUGCAACUUGCUUGGUAGACACGUUUAUACACAUUCCGAUUCUGAUGCGAUUUCCCGGAUAUAUAGAUUCCUCAGAAAAUCUGAAUGGAAAUCUGAGAAAGAUGGUGCGUCUUCAGGCCGGAUCUGGAUCCCGAGCGAUGGUAAAUGGGCUGAUGUUUCUAGCUGUGUGGUCUAUGACAAAGAUAAACUCUUUGGAUCUCAGCUAAACGUUCUUGAAAACCAUUACAACACUGGUGAUCUUCUUGGCUUCUUCUCAUCUGCGUUUGACGUGAGAACCAACCCGUCGAUGGAAGAUUACUGUGCUCUGUGGCAAGAUUGGGAGAGAACAAAGGACAGGUUGUCUUUCAAAGAGUGUUCUGCGUUCUGGACAUUCGUUGUGAAACACAGUAACUCGUUUAAAGCUGAGAAGUUCCUCUCUGAGUCUCUUACGCGUCUGCCUGUAAACUCACCAGAUUGCAGUAGCAGCAGUGGAGGAAUCUUGUUGUCUAGCAAAAGCGACGUGUUCAUAGCUGAUGACUUGCUCUUGAAAGAUCUGUUCAUAGAUUCCCCUGUUUUCGUCUGGUACCCUACUCCAAGCAGCUCUGCAUUGUCACAAACCAAGCUCACUCCGAUUUAUAGAAUGAUCGGCGUCCAAGAGAUCUCCAAAUGCGUCGAGGUGGCAGAAGCUAAGUUAACCGAUGGAGUCAAAAUGGUGAAGCAAGAGAGUGAUCUGAUCGGACAAGGGCUAGUGAGGCUCAUUCUUGGUUUCCUCUCUGAUCCAUCACUCGAGAUAGAAGGUGAGGAGCGUUCAAGAAUCAUACAUAGUCUCGUUAGCCUCAACUUUGUGGAAACUCGUGAGACGAUCUCGACGGAGUAUACUCUGAACCUACCGUCGAAAGGAGAGAAGCUGAUGGCUAAAGCUAAGAGGAUGAUAAGGUGGGAGAGAGAGAAAGGAGUUGUUUACGCAGAGAAGAGGGAGAAAGCGUGUGGGAAAAGAAAGGUUUUGGAGUACGCCACGUGUUUCGCUGAGGUGAUUGCUAAAGGAGUGAUGUGGGAGAGGGAGGAUCUGAUCGGACGGUUAUCUGAGCUCGUGAAGAUGGCUUACUUGGUUGAGUUCGAUGAAGAGGCUUUAGAGUUUCUUAUGAAGUCCAACAACCUUCAGGUCUAUGAAGAAGAUGAGAAACUCAUCUCAGAUGUUUUCUCUUUCAAGUAAAACUUAAGAUGCCUUCUAAAUCUCAAGUGAACCUAGUUACCUAGAGACCUCCUGCGUUGUAUGUAUCUCGUUUCUAUGCGUCUAUUUUGGUUUUCAAUAUCUUUUGUAAACUCUCAUGACUCUUUCUCACUACCACAAAAUAUUUUGAUAUUUUGGUAUCUCGUUUUACUAUUGAAAAUGAAUGAAAUACCGUUAGUUAACGGCUCCACUUUGACUGUAUCAAAAUUCAAAGCUUCUUAUGCAGGUUUUAG